AUGCAAUCCCGUGGCCAGUUGACCUUGCUUGGAGCGGUCCAGAAGUGCACAUGUGGUUUUCACACUCAGAAGCCCACUGCCUCUUCUGAACAAACACAGAGGGUCAGAGAACAACAGCCUGCUGCUGCAGCGGCACAGGAGCAGAGCGAACCCCAGCCUCAGGCCCGGCCGCAGCCUUCACCAUCAAGGAUAACUCCGAGUUUGUCAAUGUUUACCAAACCAAGGUUUAGCGGGUCUCACAUUGCUGCAGCGAAGCCAAAUUUGAGUGCGGCUAGAAGACCAUCUCGUGUGGAUGACCAACCCAGCGCAGCAGUGUCCAGUGCCCCGAAACCAAGCACCACUGUCUCUACGCAGGACCCUGGAGUUCCAGCCUCUGUCCCCAGAACCACUCAAGAUGUGACCGCUCCUGCAGAGUCAUGCAGUAUCGUCUCCACUGCUCCUUCUGGGGCAUCACUGCAAGCUCCGUCUGCAGUUCCGCUUCCUCGUUUGUGACCUUACCACCAGAGGAUCACAGGUCUCCGUUGGUUACACCAUCAGUACCUGGAGCAUCACUGCAGAUGGUGACCAAUGUACUUGUGCCAGCAGCAGCAGGUUUCCAGAGUGUGCCCAUGUUCCAGUAUGUGCCAAUGGUCCAAGGCAUGCCGACGGUGCAGGGUAUGCCAGUGGUGCAGCCACUGUUACAGCCCACAGUUGUCCAGGUCACCGCCUCACAGCCUGCUGCACCCGCUGCCAAUCCAGGUGCCAUACCCAAGAGACCCUACAGAAGAACUGUGGAGGCCAACACAUGCAAGAAGUGUGGCCAAUUUAAAACAAGUGAAACAGGUCAUAGCCAGUAUAGGGGCAGGGUGUACUGCCCACACACUGAGACUGUUUCAAAAGAGGUAUGGUUGGAGGACAUGAGAAGAACCACCUCCAAAUAGUGUGCAACUAUAAUGUAUAUAGUUUUAUAUAAAUAGUGUUAUUUGAACAAGUUGUUCAUUGUUAAUAGUAGUUUGUAGUUAUUUAUUAUGUUUUAAGUAUUUUUA